AUGUCAUCAUCAAUCUAUGGUUCGUAUUUCUUUGUCUUAAGGUUGGAGAGUAAAGAUGAUCUCAUAGCAGUUAUGUCACGAGAUGAUACAACAACAACAGGUUCUGCUGCAAGUUCUACUAGUUCAAUGAUCACUAUUGAAGCGACUACAAGUGACGAUAAUGAUAUAUUGACCACUGAAAUGACUGAGGCACUUUCUGCUGAUGCCAUUGUUCAAACUCCUGAGAUACUUCAAGAUCACCAAGACCCAAUUCAGAAACGUAGAGUGGCAGCAUACAGAGGGCAGGUAUCCCAAGCUGAGAGAAUGGUCAAACGUAGUCACUUAGACUUUAAAGUUGGUGAACCUGGUGACAAUGUUGCUGUCCCAAUUCCAGCUGUGGAUACAGGAGAUCCAUGGAAUACCCUAGGUGUUAUUGUCAGCAGAGAUUUGGACAAUGGCCAGUGUAAGAUCGCUGUGAUCUUACAACGUUUGCUGACAGAAGAUGACGUAAAUCAGGAUGCUACAGUGUCACUUCGAGAAGCUGUUAUUGCACAAUCUGCAUGUGGUAGUCAGGGAUUCAUUAGAUGCAACUGUAGUGGUCUGAAGAAAUGUUCAACUAACAGAUGUAAAUGUUUCAAAGCUAAAGUGAAAUGUAACUCGCUGGGGGUGCCAUGGAAGUGUGAAAUGUGCUAA